AUGUAUACACGCUUGGAAUGCACCCCCAAUGCCCUCAAGCGCGCAACAAACCAUCCCUUCCUCGCCUCCGCAGGCCGGGGCACCCUCCCAAAAGCCCAACUAAGCCAAUGGCUCUCCCAAGACCGCCUAUACGCCCAAUCCUACAUCCGCUUCAUAGGCCUCCUCCUCUCCAAAAUCCGCCUCCCAACCCAAAACCCAACGACCCCAACCCCGCAAACCCAAAGCCCCGAACAAAACGCCAUAACCGUCCUCAUCGACGCCCUCGUCAACAUCCGCACAGAACUCUCCUUCUUCGAAAAAACAGCAACAGACUACUCCCUCGACCUAACCGCCAUCUCCGCCGAAGAAGGCGGCUGCACCCUAACCUCCUGCGGCCAGGGCUCAGACAUAACCGUCUCAGCCGGGAUCUCCUCCACCGGCUCAGCGAGCUGUCCGGGUCUCACGGGCGGCGACGACGGAGGUCCACAGAAGAACGGUAACCCUGGUGCUUGUGUCCCGUCGACGGGAGAGGGUGUCGCGCCCGGACACGGCCUGUGUCAGAGUCAGGGCGAGUGUCAGAUGCCUGGGGGCGAGGUUUGUGCGCCUGGGCCGCAGUUUAAUGAGUCUGGACGCGGCAUGGAGCCGGUUGGGGCGGAUGUUGGAGGGAACGGGGGUUUGCAGGGUGUGGGGUUUCGAUUUUGGAGGGGUUGGCGGUAUUGUGGGCUACGGAGGUUUGUUAUCUUCGGGCUUGGAGGUUUGCGGCGGGGGUGUAUGCGGGAGGAUGGGGAGAAGGAUUAUAAGAAGGAUGCGGAUGGGGGUGCGUUGAGGGAGAGGUUUAUUCAGAAUUGGGCGAGUGUUGAGUUUGAGGGGUUUGUUGAUCGGAUUGGGGAUGUGGUUGACGAGAUGGCGGGGCAGAUUAAGGGGGCGGAGGAGUUGGAGAUUACGCGGGGAAGGUGUUUGGAGUGGUGGAGGCAGAUUGUUUGGUUGGAGGAGAACUUUUGGCCGUCUGUUGCUGAAUGA